UACCCGUUUCUUCUUUCUGCUCCAGCCCGUCCUCCAAGAAACACAGCUGAGCCAUGGACGCCGCCGCCGCCGCCGCCGCUGCCACGGCCGCCGGCGACGAGGAGCAGGACCAGGCGCGGAUGGACGCCAUCGCCGAUGGCCUACAGACCCGAGACGCGAUGCGGCUGUACAACUGGCUCACGCAGCGCUGCUUCUCCGACUGCGUCGUUUCCUUCUACCGCCGGGCGCUCGGCAAGCGCGAGGAGGAGUGCGUCCGCUCCUGCGUCCGCAAGUACCAGCUCUUAUCCACCGCGUCCGCCACGCGCUUCGCCCACUUCGCCGACCCCAACAACUCCUCUUCGGCAGCAUUCGACGAUUGAUUCACCGCUGCUCUUGCCCAUCGACGCCUCUGUACGAGCCCAAUUCGUUGUCAUCUUCUUGCUUGCAGGCCCGCUACUUUGUUUGCUUCAGUUCUUCAGUCUAGCUUAGCUUUUGCUUUGUGAUCUCAAGGAAACUGAAACACGACGGCAUAAGACGAGAAUAGCAGUUACUAUCAUUAGGAAUUGGAAGGCCAAGAGUGACUGAUUUGUGCCACACAAAAAGUUUGAAAUUUUGAUGAAUGAAUCGAUGGAUGGAUUCUUCAUGUCCUGCUGUUUGCCCUCUGAAUGAAUUUUGUUAUUCCAACUACACCUUGCAUGGUAAUAACUUGAUAUGGAUGCAAAAAAGAAUUCUUUUCCAUCUCA